AUGUCAUGUAUGUACUUCUCAGGAGAAGAGAGUGAAAGUACCACGUAUGAUGACCCCGAGAAUCGGUGUGUUAGAAUAAUUCCAUCAUUAUACGCUACGGUGCAAAAUGACAAUCAACAAAACAGAAGGGUCUUUUUGGAUACUCAUUUAUUAAGGAAACGAGACGAUGCGGAUGAGCAAUAG